AUGGAGAAGAGCUUGGUGGUCCCAGCGCACCUCUACCUUUCCUACGCUUCUCCGCAACACCAGCCAACACGCCCGACAAGGCAGUCGCGCGCUCAUGCAGAUGACUGCAAGCCCUCGCUCAUAGCCGGCAAGCCCCCGACACGCGGCAAGCACGGUCCUGCUCUGCCCAUCAUGGCUUCGCCUCAAGCGCCCGCCUCGCAGGAGCCGGUACCACCGUACUCCCUCACGCCGCUGCUUUUUCCGACCCUGCCUUCUGAAGAUGUGGCCGAUCAGGCGAAUCAAUCGUCUCCCACUGCGAUCCAGCAAAGCUCGCAGCGAGCCAUCCGCUGCUCUGAAUCCGACGGCUCCUUUCUGUAUAUCGGUGCCUCUGAUGGUCUCAUACACUCUUUCGAAAUUGUGUCACCGGCCCCUUCGCAGGCGAGCUCGUCGAGAAUCAUCUUGCCGACAACCGUGAGCUAUCGCCUCAAGUAUAGCCGCUCGAUAUCAAACCAUGCCAAGCCAGUCGAAAAGAUCGUGCUGCUGCGCCCGUUCAACGCAGCUGCAGUGCUCUGCGAGGGCGUUGUCAGCUUCUUUUCGCUUCCUCACUGGUCACCGAUCCGGUCUCUCCCAUCCACAAGAGCUGUCAGCACCAUUGUCCUCGAUGACGAGGAGUCCGACAAUGGAUCUGGUACCGACGCCGCUGGCAUGAUCAGCAUCUGUCUCGUGAGGAGGAAAAACAUCAUCCUUGGCAAGAUCGGAGCGGAAGGACAGUCCGGCCUGCUUUGGGCCACCAUUAAAGACAUUCAACUCCCUGGAGGCGCCAUCUUUGCACGCCGCUUCGCUGACACCCUCUGCAUUGCCAACGCCACCGAGUACAGUCUCGUCAACCUGUCUUCUGGCCAUGUCACGCCCUUGCAGCUUCCUAUCAGUCAGACUGGCGAAUCGCCUUCCGCACAAGUGAGGCCUAGCAUCGUCACAAUUGCCGCCACCGCUGCAAGCAGCAGAGAGGGCAGCACAUCGCCGGUCACCUCUCGCUCGACCUCUGUCCCAGCGUCCACUGCCAAAUGCGAGUUUCUCGUUACAUCUCAUACCGGUUCCAUCACCUUGGGCGUUUUCGUCAAGCCUUCGGGCGAGCCAGCUCCUAAGCUGCUCGAGUGGCCCUCUCACCCUCGCUCUGUCACGUACGACGGCGAGCAUCUCGUCUCACUGCUGAGGAACGACACCCUCGAAGUCCACCAUCUCGGUGCGAACUCGGUAGACAGGGUUCAGACGCUGCAAUUGCCUCCUGGCCUUGAUCCACGAUUCUUACAUGUCGUGCAAGAUCCAGCUUCCCAACCGCGACCAAGCAGCUCAGAACAGCUCAAAGCGGUCACAGAUGCUCACGAUGAAUUCGACAUGGUCAAAGUUCCACUCAACGCAUUUACGAGUGACAGCGCAUCGGUAUUGCAUCGUGCAUCAGAGCAGGAUGGCGCAACUUCUUCUCAACGGAGGCAAAUUCUCCUCUGCGGCAAGAAUUCGACUUCGGCCAUCCAGCAAGAUCCUAUCCUUCGGUGGACGGUUGAUCAGCUGGAUCGAGGCCGACUGACGAAUCUGCGGAAGGAUCUUGCCGCUUACAGAUCAAGUCGCGAGCGAAGCUCAGAGCACCACAAUACGGCGCGUGCUUUCAUCGAAGCUUCGGCCGCACACGCACUCCUCGGUAUCGAGCUCUUGCACCGCACGGACUUUGCCGCAGCCGCCGACGUCUUGCUCCAUGCCAACCUCGAUCCACGACUGUUUAUCGCGUUCUUUCCUUCCUUGCUGAGAGGAGAUCAGGUGAUAGAGGACGCUAUCAUGCCGGCAAUCUUGCUCGGCAGCCUUGAGAGGUUGAGGAAUGAUACCUCCAAUCGGCUGCAAAGCAUGGAAGAGCUCAUAGCCUCGAACCUCACCCUCAACUAUUGCCCACCUCUGGACAUCACAAAGGACAAGGCACUCCUUCAGCUGCGAGCCAACCUCCUCCAAGGCUCUGAAAGAAUGCUGCGCAUCUUGCUGGAAGGGUGGCGUACGGCAUCAGCGUCCGCGAUCGCCAACGAGGGCACGACAGGAUCGUAUUUCUAUGCUGGAUCCUUCAUGGACGAACAGAUGUUGGUCAAUGUCAACACUUUCGUCGACUCUGCGUAUCUGACGCUUAUCGCCGAGCGACGCGGGGUCUCGGAGCGAGACGUCGUUGCCGUUCAAGAUCAACUUGCGACGUUCCUGUCGUCCAAGCACGCCUGUGAGCCUUCCAAGGUGGAGGGCGGGCUGAAAGGACAGCGGUUCUUCACCCUGCUCGCAGACCACUACGAACGGAUCGGCGACAUCGAGGGCUCGCUCAAGACUUGGACCGCGCUGAUUGACGGUGACAUCGUCGAUGGCAUCCACGCAACAGUCGAUGUUCCGACCGCGCUCGCAAAGGUCGCCAGCCUCCUCGAGGAUCAAACCGACCCAAAUUUGCUUUCCACAUACGGACGUUGGCUCGUGCAAAAAGAUGCGGAGGCGGGUAUCAAAAUCCUCACAAAACACACUGCGAGGCCCGAGGACGACACAUCGCAGAAGGCGGCGACGCGGAGCAAGGCACAAGAGCUCGAGUCAAUCUCAGCGCAGAAAGCGACCAUCGAAGAACUGCGCGGAAUCGACGACGAUGCGGCAACAAAGUACCUCGAGGCGGUGGCGCUAUCGACGGUCAAGGUGCAGGACGAGCAGAUGCAUCGCGAGCUAGCAGCAGCGCUGCUCAAACGUGUGGCGCAACACCUCACGGAUGAUGUAUACCGCGACAAGAUGGACGCCGUGACACGAGACUACGCACAAGGGUCGUAUGCGGAGUCGUUCUUUGCACAUCUUGCGCUGGCCAUCGGCGGCCGGCCAAGAGAAGCAGACCGCCUCAAGCUGGCGAUGCUAUUGCAAGGCUCGACCGUGCUUGACUUUGAGGCACUGCUCGCCACAGUCGCGCCGCUAGACUCGCUAGCUUACGAGAAAGCCAUCAUCCUCGGCAAGCUCGGUCGCGAUUCGGACGCACUCUCGUUGCUAGCAAUCGAGCUCAGAGACGCCAACAGCGCCGAGGCAUACUGCUCGCAAAAUGGCGAAGUGCUCUCGCCGAUGCUGGCCGCCUCGAUCGCCGAAGAUCAUCCGACGCUGCAGCCUUUCGCAGCCACGCUGAGCCGCACGUACGCACAGCGCGUCAAGGCACAUGCCAAGGCGACAGCGCAACGUGGGAUCACCGCGGAACAACGCAAGCAGGAGCUGCUCAAGCAGCUUCUGUCGGUCUACAUGCUCAACGGUGCCGAAGAGAAGUUCCGCGUCGCCACGGCACAUCUGCUCAACACGCAAGCCCUUCACCUCGACAACCGCGAGGUGCUCGAGCUCGUGCCCACAGACUGGUCCUUGCAGACACUCGAGACAUUCUUGACACAAAGCCUCCGCAGACAACUUCACCGACGGCGCGAGAUGCAGAUGCUGCGCAACAUCGCAAAGUGCCGAAGCUUGGAUGCGGCUGAGGAUCUCUGGGCGAGACAACGUGCGAUGGGUGGCAUUCUUCAGGAUACGGAACUUGAUGGAGGCGCCGAUUCGGGCGGAGAUUAUCGGGCUGAUGGAGACACAGAGACAAGCUACGCGGAUUGGAAAGAGGGCGUCUUGAGGAGCGAGUCUAUCUUCGAAGGAAGCGAGGGCGAGAAGCAGCUGCGAAGACCACGCGAGGCUGCCGCCGGGAAAGAGGAACGAAUUGAGAGCAUCCACCAGGGCUAUGAGAUACCCCCUUCGUCGGCCAUUGUGCAUGCCGGUCUAGACGAUGUUGAUGACCUUGCCUAG